AUGGCGACGCGGCCGGCGUCGCGGCAGCGGAGGGCGGGGCACUCAUCGGCGGCGGCGGGACCGAAGGGUCCGCAUCAGCAGCAGCUGCCGCAGUCGGGCUCGCCGACGUCGACUACCACCACGACCACGUCCUCGUCGCGGCUCACGCCGGAGCUCUCGCUCGACGGACCCGUGUCCCCGCUGUUCGCCGGGUUGGACGAGGACCCAACGCCCAAGGAGAAUGUCACCGUCACUGUCCGCUUCCGCCCGCUCAGCCCACGGGAGAUUCGGCAGGGGGAGGAGGUCGCGUGGUAUGCGGAUGGUGACACGGUUGUUCGGAGUGAGCAGAACCCCAGCGUCGCCUACGCUUACGAUCGGGUUUUUGCACCAACUACUACGACCCGUCAUGUAUAUGAUGUUGCAGCUCAACAUGUUGUUAGCGGUGCCAUGGAGGGAGUAAAUGGUACAAUAUUUGCAUAUGGUGUUACAAGCAGUGGGAAGACACACACGAUGCAUGGAGACCAAAGAUCCCCAGGGAUUAUACCUUUGGCUGUCAAAGAUGCAUUUAGCAUUAUACAAGAGACACCAAAUCGCGAGUUUCUCUUUCGCGUGUCAUACUUGGAAAUUUAUAAUGAGGUUGUCAAUGAUCUACUAAAUCCUGCUGGUCAGAAUUUGCGAAUUAGAGAGGAUCCUCAGGGAACAUUUGUUGAAGGUAUCAAGGAGGAAGUAGUAUUAUCUCCUGCACAUGCCCUGUCCCUUAUUGCAGCUGGAGAAGAGCAUAGGCAUGUUGGAUCCACUAACUUCAAUGUACUCAGUAGCAGAAGUCAUACUAUUUUUACUUUGACUAUAGAGAGCAGCCCUUGUGGUGAGUCUAAUGAAGGGGAAGCUGUCACUUUCUCACAGCUGAACCUCAUCGAUCUGGCAGGUUCAGAGAGCUCAAGGGCAGAAACAACUGGAGUACGGCGGAAAGAAGGAUGUUAUAUCAACAAAAGCUUGCUAACUCUUGGAACGGUGAUAUCAAAACUGACUGAUGGAAAGGCUACACAUAUUCCAUUUCGAGAUUCAAAAUUAACACGACUACUUCAGUCAUCCCUCAGUGGUCAAGGACGUGUUUCACUGAUUUGCACAGUGACACCAGCAUCAAGUAAUUCUGAAGAGACCCAUAAUACACUAAAAUUUGCCCACCGUGCGAAGCGCAUUGAGAUCCAAGCAUCUCAAAACAAAAUUAUAGAUGAAAAAUCUUUAAUAAAGAAGUACCAAACUGAGAUUCGGAGAUUGAAGGAAGAGCUAGAGCAGCUGAAAAUGGGUAUUAUUACCGGCACACCGUCGAAAGAUACCGAGGAAGAUAAUAUCAUCCUUUGGAAGCAAAAGCUAGAAGAUGGUAAUGUCAAGCUGCAGUCUCGGCUGGAACAAGAGGAGGAAGCUAAAGCUGCUUUGCUUGCAAGGAUCCAGCGUUUAACAAAACUUAUACUGGUUUCUACUAAGGCGACUCCGACUUCCAGAUUUUCUCCACAUUCUGGACCAAGACGAAGACAUUCUUUUGGGGAAGAGGAGCUGGCAUACCUUCCAUAUAGAAGACGAGAUAUAAUGAUGGACAAUGAAAGCAAUGAAUUACUUCUUCCUGUUGAAGGGUUUGGUGUAUCACUUGAAGAUUCUUCGAAGGAAGAAAAAAAGAAUAGGAAAGGACUUCUUAACUGGUUCAAACUCCGGAAACGUGAUGGAGCUUCUAUUCUGACAAGUUCAGAAGGUGAUAAGUCCAGUUUGACUAAAUCAACCGCUCCUUCAACACCUAUUGGGGAAAGCGUCAAUUUUCCUGCUGAACCAAGAAUAUCAAAUUCAUUAGCUGGUGAGAAUGUAUCAGCUGAUCUGUUUAGCAUUGGUCAUGCGGAAUUUCCUUCUGGCAGCAUUCAUGGCGAAGAAACUCCUUUGGCCAGUGGAAAAACGAUGGACCAUGUUGAUUUGUUGAGAGAGCAGUUGAAAAUUUUGUCAGGGGAGGUUGCAUUUAAUACAAGUGCUCUUAAACGCCUUACAGAGGAAGCUGGAAGAAGCCCAAAGAACGAGAAGAUUCAGAUGGAAAUGAAGAAGAAGACCGAUGAAAUUAAGGGGAAGCAGCAGCAGAUAGCAUCUUUGGAGAGAGAGAUAGCUCAUGCAACAUUAGGAACUCAAGGAAAGGUUGACAAGUUAGAGCUUUCACCGUCUUAUCAUGAACUACUUGAGCAGCUCAAUGAGAAAUCUUUCGAACUUGAGGUGAAGGCUGCAGAUAAUAGAGUGAUACAAGAUCAGCUGAAUGAGAAGAUAGGCGAAUGCAUGGAAUUACAAGCUGAAGUUACUCAUCUCAAAGAACAGCUGUCCCAAGCUCUUGAAGCUAAAGAUCUGUUGUCGAAUAGCAUGAUACACAAUAGUAGAGUUAACCAUGAAGUUGAACACCAUGCUGAUCAAGAUGUUCCAAGAGAGAUCUCUUCUGAACCACAGCAAAAACAGCAGCAGUCAGUUGAAAUCAAUGAGCUGAGGCAAAAGGUGUCUGAACUCAUUGAAAUCAAAGCUCAACUUGAGGAUCGCAAUCAAAAGCUACUGGAGGAAAGUACAUAUGCAAAAGGCUUGGCUUCAGCUGCUGGUGUUGAAUUGAAAGCAUUGUCAGAAGAAGUGACCAAACUGAUGAACCAAAAUGAGAAGCUUGCGACCGAGUUGUCAUCGCUGAGAAGUCCGACUCCAGCUCCACGCAGAGUUAGCAAUGGACCAAGAGGUGCUAGGAGGGAAAGCAUGAGCAGGCGACACGAGCCAGCUAGCAGAAGAGACACGAAUGCAAGCCAUGAAAGGGAAAAAGCUCUAGAGACCAUGCUUAUGGAGAAGGAGCAAAAAGAAGUAGAGCUCCAAAGGAAAGUCGAGGAGUCAAAGCAGAAGGAAGCCUUCCUGGAAAGUGAGCUCGCCAACAUGUGGGUUCUAGUAGCAAAACUGAAGAAGCCCCAGGGUUAUGGCCAUGAGGAUCCGGAGGCCAAACAUGAUGGCUCGUGA